AUGCAGAGAGAGAAAAAGAAGCAUUUGGUGUUGAUUCACUACGGCGGUGGCCAUGGUGCAUGGUGUUGGUAUAAGGUGGCUGCAUUGCUGAAAUCGAGUGGACACAAAGUCACAGCUCUGGACAUGGCUGCCUCCGGGAUCCAUCCGAAGCAGGCGGAGGAGCUGAAUUCAAUUUCAGAAUACUAUGAACCUUUGAUGGAAUUUCUUGAGAGCUUGGAUGGUGAAGAGCGUGUGAUCCUCGUCGGUCAUAGCUUGGGAGGGGUCGGCGUGUCCUUAGCCAUGGAAAAAUUCCCCGAAAAGAUUGCAGCAACGGUAUUUGUCAGUUCCUGGAUGCCUUCUCCCGAUCUAAGCUUCUUCACUCUUUCUCAGGAGUCCCAGGCUCGUCGAAGAUCGGAAUCUAAUUCGCACUCAAAAUUUGAUGAUAACAACAGUAGUCAACCCAAAAGAUCGAUGAAAUUCACACCCGAAUUCUUAGCGUCCAAUUUAUACCAGCUCUCUCCACCUGAGGACUUGACUUUGGCAUUGUCAUUGUUGAGACCCACUCGCAUUUUUGGCGAUGAAGAAAUGUCGGGUGAGAAUGCAAGAGUGACAGAAGAGAAGUAUGGAAGUGUGAAGAGGGUAUAUAUAAUGUGCGAGCAAGACAACAUUAUCUUAAAAGAAUACAGGAAAAGUGUAUCAUAAGAGAACAUUAUCUAAAAAGAAGAUAGGAAUAUAUAAUAUACUAUAUGUUUGUAGACGAGCUAAAAAGGUUUCAUCAAUCGCUUGAGUAAUUUCCUCGAAGUUAUUUCAGAGAUGUUGACGUCAUAAUUUCUUUGGAGUGUCCCAUAAGAAGAGGAUACUUGCAAAAACGAUUAUGAUACUAAGUCAAUUCUUUAGUUUGAAUAAUAAAUGUUAUUCAAGUUUUUAUACCCUGAAAUAUCAACCUACCUAUGAAGUCAUUAUAGGUCAUUGUGUGGAUGCGUUUGGAAUGAUUUGAUUAGUAGUUUAUUAAAGGUAUGAUGAUUUGUAUGUAAACUUGGUAAUUAUUGCGUUAAAUGGCCAUGUUCGGUCAAGGCUUGUGU